UACUAGUAGUAGUAUCAUAAAAUUCUUUAUAAAAUCAAACCAAGUCAUCUCAGAAAUGGAGGAAAAAAUCAAUACAGAUUCUAAAGAACAUGCUGUUGAAAUUUUACAACAAUUAAAUGAAUAUCGUAAAACUGGACGUCAUUGUGAUUUCAUGAUCAAAGCUGGAUCUGAGGAACUUCCUGUUCAUAAGAAUAUUGUGUCGGCAAGUUCAGAUUAUUUUAAAGCAAUGUUAUCUCAUGAAAAUGUGGAAACAAAAUCUAGUGUCGUUGAAAUAAAGGAAUUUGAUGAAGUUUGUGUUGAAAAAUGUGUUGAUUUCAUUUACACUGGAGAUGCUUAUGUUGCUAAAGAAAAACGUGAAACACUAAUGGGUGUCGCUCACAUGAUGCAACUGCAAAGACUUUGUGAUGGUAUUGCAAUUUUUCUGGAAGAUGAUCUUGAUCCUAAAUCGUUUUUUCAAACUAAAAAAAUUGCGAAUAGGUACAACUGUAAACAACUUGAGGAAAAAUGCAAUCAAUUUGCAUUGCAGCGUUUUAUAGAAAUUGCCCAGUCUGAUGAGUUUAUGGAUCUUGAUGAAAAAUUUAUUUCUUUUCUGAUGGAAUCAAAGGAAACAAAAGCAAAAGAAGAAGUGAAAUGUAAGAUGUUGUUAGCAUGGACCAAACAUGAUAUUGAUGAAAGAAAAGAAUGUUUUCUUAGUUUGGUGAUGAAAUUUCAAUUGACAAAAAUGCCUUUGUCAUACAGAAGAUUUCUUGUAGAAAAUGAACCAUUGAUGUUUGAAUCUAUGCAAUCUCUUCGAUCACUGACUUUGUCGGUUUUUGAUAGUCAUGGGGAUGUCAGUGCAAAAGAUGUCAAUUUAACAGAGAAUAAACAGCUUGUUGUUUUUGACAGAACUUCUCAAAGAAUGCAUUCUCAUGACGUUGAUGAUAAAACAUGGAAACCGAUGCAAACUAUAGAAAACGCAAUUAUAAAGAAUUUAUAUUCUGCUGUAGUGAUGGAAUCUUACAUUUAUGUGAUUUGUACGAAUAGAUCGUUUUACAGACUUGAAUAUGCUGAAUCAAAUGCAAAGUGGGAACAAAUGGCAAAUACAAAUCUUCAGUGGGCAUGUGUAGUUGCACUUGAUGGUUUUGUUUAUGGUAUUGAGUAUCAGAAUUACUCAAACAUUAUGGAAAAAUAUGAACCAUCAAAUAAUAGAUGGACCAGACUAACAAACAAAUCAUUGAUUCUAGCUUGGAAAUCUUUGGUGGCUGCUGAUGGAAAGGUGUUUUGUAUUGCAGGAAUGAAUCAGCAAGGUCGAGCAACAAACCAAGUUGAGAUUUACGAUCCUGUCACAUCAACUUGGUCAAUGGAUAAUAGAUCAUUGAAUGAAGCAAGAUAUUGUGCUUCUGCAACUGCUACAGAGGAAGGAAUAUAUAUUAUGGGAGGUUAUAAUAAUAAUAGAGGUUCAACUCUCACUACUAUUGAAUUUCGUUCAUCUUUAACUAAAACCUGGAUGAUGUUGAAACCAAUGAAAACUGCAAGGCAAAGGUUCAGUAGUUGUGUGAUUGAUGACAAAGUUUAUGUCAUUGGUGGAAAUGAAAAUUCUGCAAAUAUAGAGGAAUAUGAUCCUGAAACAAAAAAAUGGAAAAUCAUUGAAACAAUACCAGGAAAAAAUAUAACUCCAAUGGCAACUGUUGCAAUAUCUAUAUAACAUUGAUAGCUAUUAUUCAUUGCCUAUAUGCAAUUAUGGAUCUUGUAGGGAACUUUAUUGAAUUUUUUCAUUCCUCGAUCUAACUCCGGGUCCAAAUUCAGGCCCACGGAUCCGCCGCUUCAUUAUUUGUUGCCCUCGUCACAUUUACGGGAGAGUAAACAAAAAAUUGCAUUUGUUUUCGUAUAGUCAUAAAAAUAACCAGAAAAAUCUUCUGACAUUUUGUUACAUCAUUUAUGUCACUGAUUUGACUAGUUUUAUGGCUAGCUGAGGCAAUUAGCGAUGUGCUUGGCUAGCCUGAAUUGUUAACUGGCUUUCUAUCUUUUUCGUCUGGAAUAUAUGCUAACAGAAUAGGCUUCAUAGAAAACUUAAAAUCAAAUUAGGAAUCUAUUAGCCUAGGUUGCCUAUGCCUGAUAACUAAAUUUCGAUGUAAUGUAAUAUAAUUCCUGCUGUGUGUUUAUUGCAACCAGCCUAAACAGUAUUACAAAAAAUGCUUCAUAUAUGUCAGAAAAUUUAGCUCUUACCCUACUGUAUCUCAAAUACCACAAUGCGUGCUUGAUAUGUCUGCAAGUUGUUUUGGUGGCAAUUUAAAAUGGCACUUUUCUUUUGGCACUUCCUCUGUUAUGAAGAGAUUGAAAUCUUGCACUGAAUGUAGAUAUAGUAAGAUUUUUGCACAUUUUGGUGAGUUUUUUUGUGUUUUAGCAUGUUUCAGCUUGAUAAAUGACAAAUAAUGAUCAAUGUGUUUUGACAACGAAA